AUGAAGAUCAACGCGUCCAAGAUGGCGACCCCGAUCGAAGAGAAAGUUGAUCAGAAUCUGAAGACCCGCACCGGGAUGGUUAUGAUAAGCGAUGGCAAAAGCAAACCAGAGCUUGCCCGGCUGCAUCUAUCGAUGGAGAUGAUCACGAUCCAGAAACAGGACACGACCACACCCGCUCCAACACCCACGAACGCAACACAUCCGCCUAUUGAGUCUAAGGAACGCAUGGUGCAGAUCACGCGCCAGAAAGUGGGAGGCCUUGGACUGAGCAUAAAGGGUGGCGCCGAGCACAAACUGCCGAUACUGAUAUCACGCAUCUACAAAGACCAGGCGGCCGACGCAACAGGUCAGCUGUUCGUUGGGGAUGCCAUCAUCAAGGUGAACGGUGAAUACAUUACAGCCUGUCCACAUGACGACGCGGUCAACAUUCUCCGGAAUGCUGGCGAUAUCGUGGUCCUCACUGUGAAGCAUUACCGUGCCGCUACGCCGUUCCUGCAAAAACAAUUAAGCCGAGAAACGCCCGAAUCGGACAAUGAUGCGACGUGCGCCGAGCUGAAGGCGGAUGAAAAUUGGAAAUCGGUCAACAGUAGCCGACCGGUGUCCAUCAGUUCCGAGCCGGACAAUCGAUGGAUCGACUUGGUAUCGGUGCCCCUAAUGAUGGCGUACGUCACGAGGUACAUCUAUGGCACGGACAAACUGCGACCGAAUGCGUUCGAGGUGCGAGGACUGAACGGGACCACUACCGGCAUUAUACACUGCGACGAUCUAGCCAUACUCAGCCAGUGGCUAAAGUACAUCACCGACAACGUGGUCGGGUUGACAAGCCUGCAGAUGAAGCUGUUCAACCGAAAUUUCCCCGUCGGCGAACGGAUCGAGUACAUGGGCUGGGUGAAUGAGGGCGUCAUCAACAAUCACAUCUCCUGGCAGAGCUACAAGCCGCGCUUUCUGGUGCUGAAGGGUACCGAGGUGAUGCUGUUCGACUCGCCCCCCCUCAACGUGACCGGCCUGACGAAGGCGAACGUGGCCUACAAGGUGUACCAGACGAUGUUCCGCGUGGUGAAGGAGUCGGAAACGGUGGACUCCCGGCAGCAUUGCUUCCUGCUCCAAAGCUCCGGUCACGAGCCGCGCUACCUGAGUGUGGAGACGCGCCAGGAACUGCUGCGGAUUGAGAACAGCUGGAACGCGGCGAUCGUUACGAGCGUUAUCAAGCUUGGUCGCAAAACGUUCGCCGUGUCCCAUCACGGCAAAACGGGCGGACUAACGCUAGACUGGCAGGCCGGAUUUUCGCUAACCGAGGGUGCGGAUGCGGCCGUUAUCUGGCAGUACAAGUUCUCGCAACUGCGCGGCUCCAGCGAUGAUGGCAAAUCGAAGCUAAAGCUGCACUUCCAGGACCACGAAACGCGCACCAUCGAAACGAAGGAGCUCGAGUGUCAUGUGCUGCAAAGUUUGCUGUUCUGCAUGCAUGCCUUUCUGACGGCGAAAGUUGCUUCCGUCGAUCCCACCUUCCUGAGCUCGAUCCAGCAAGCCUAG